AGGGAGGUUAUUUUAAUCAACCACGUUCUUGGAUAGCUUAACUUUUUAGACCUCCGUUUCAGUUUAAUUAAUAAUUUUUAAUUAAUAUUUUAUCAGUCUUCGUAAAUAUGAGUUAUAGGAAAUUAUUCUCACGUCUGAGAAACUUCACCCGCCCUCUGAGAAAUUAUUCAGGCCGGAAUAUGAUGAGGGUCGCCGAGAGAGGGAUGAUAAACGAUAUUUUUCCUAAAACAGCGAGCCAGGACAUCAUAGACCUGUGCAACGCGGCGCCGCAGUGCGUCUAUGCCGGCUUCGACCCGACGGCUGACAGCCUGCACAUCGGUAAUCUCCUAGUCCUUAUGAAUCUGCUCCACUGGCACAGAGGAGGUCACGAGGUCAUCGCCUUGAUUGGAGGAGCCACAGCACGUGUAGGUGAUCCAUCUGGCAGGACGAAGGAUCGGGAUGAACAGCACGAGCAGGUGGUCAGGGCAAAUGUAAAAUCCAUUGCUGAAAACAUCAAAAGGGUUUUUGACAACCACAAAACGUAUUUUUUUAAGGAUGACCGUCCCCUCAUCCCGAUCAAGGUAGUUGAUAACGCCAGUUGGUAUAAAGAAAAGAACGUGGUGGAUUUUAUCUGUACUGUAGGUAGAAAUUUUCGAAUGGGGACUUUGCUGAACCGUUCUUCAGUUGAGGCCAGAUUAGCAUCAGAAAAUGGAAUGAGUUAUACAGAAUUUUCAUAUCCGAUUUUUCAAGCUUAUGACUGGUUACAUUUGCUGACACAGUACAAUUGCAGGUUCCAGGUAGGCGGAAGUGAUCAAAUGGGGAAUAUCAUGUCUGGGUAUGAAUUAAUAACUAGGAUACAUGGAAAACCUGUAUUUGGCAUCACAGUUCCUCUCAUUACAACAACUUCCGGAGAUAAAUUUGGCAAGUCGGCAGGAAACGCCAUUUGGCUUGAUGCGGGAAAGACUUCACCUUUUGAUUUCUAUCAGUAUUUCGUCCGGUGUCCUGAUGAUAAAGUUGAAGAUUUGCUCAAUUAUUUGACAUUCUCACCACCUGGAGCUAUUAAAGAAAUGAUGAGAGUCCACAGAUCUAGGCCCGAAGAUCGAACUGCUCAAAGAUUUUUAGCUAAACAAGUUACUAUGCUUGUCCAUGGAGAGGAAGGAUUGACAAGUGCACAACGUACAUCAACUGCAAUGUACAGCAACGAUUUAAAAAUGAUAUCAGAACUUAGUGCAGAUGAGGUGUCAAGUGUUUUCCAGGGAGCUCCGAUUGUGGAUAUACUUUUGCGCCCUGGGAUUACGGUCAAGCAGUGUGCCCUUGCUGCCAAAUGCUUUCCAACUGAAAAUGAUGCAGAUCGAAUAAUCACCGCUGGAGGUUUUUACAUGAACUACAACAGAACAAAAAAUCCGGAAGAGCUGCUAGUUCCUGGUGUUCACAUUUUACCAAACAAUGUUAGCCUUCUAAGAGUUGGAAAGAGGAACUUCUGGAUAAUUAGAUGGCUGCAGUAAAGAAAACCCAACAUAUUAUUAAUGUACUAACAUAAUCAAGUGAUUGUAAAUUAUUUUGUAAAUAUAGUUGUAUUUUUUUUUUUUU